AUGGAACGAGGCCCGCUCUUCUUCUGCCACCUCUUGUGGCUCCUCCUGGCUCACACACACGCCGAGCUGCCCAUGUGCAAAGAGUCAGAUUACCACUUUGAGUACACAGACUGUGAUGUGCUCGGCUCACGAUGGAGAGUGGCUGUUCCCAACAAAGCCAACACAUGCACCGGCCUCCCAGAUCCGGUCAAAGGCACCGAAUGCACUUUCUCCUGCAGUGAAGGAGAGUUUCUCGACAUGAGGACCCAGGAGUGCCAAAAGUGUGCGGCGGGGACAUACUCUCUGGGGACCAGCGUGGCUUUUGACGAGUGGGGCAGUCUGCCAGCUGGUUUUGUCUCUCAGGGGUUGAACACAAACGGUGGGAUUAUCCACACAAACUGCUCCAACUCAACCUGGACACCAAAGGGCGAUUACAUUGCCUCAAACACAGAUGAGUGCAGUGCAAUUUUGUCCUAUGCUGUGAACCUGAAGAAACAUGGAACUGUGUCCUUUGAUUAUUUCUACCCCGACAACAGUAUCUACUUUGAGUUCUUUGUUCAGAACGACCAGUGCCAGUCCACAGACUCGGACAGCCGCUGGAUGAAGAUCUCAGAGAGCGACUGGAGCCACCACACAGUGGAGCUGAACAAAGGCAGCAAUGUGCUGUACUGGAGAUCCACCGCCUACACUCUGCUGGGCAGCGCUAUCAAACCCGUGCUGCUGAAAAACAUUGCCAUCUCAGGGGUGGCCUAUAUGUCAGAGUGUUUCCAUUGCAAACCUGGCACCUACAGUUCAACACCAGGGUCUGCCCGCUGCACUCCGUGCCCCGCCAACUCCUUCUCCAAUAAGGGUGCCACUGUAUGCCAUGAGUGUGAAAAAGACAAAUACGCAGAGGCUGGUUCAGCGAGCUGUAAACCAAGACCUGCAUGUAACAGCAGUGACUACUUCUACACCCACACUCCAUGUGACUCCAAUGGAAAGACUCAGCUUAUGUACAAGUGGAUUGAACCCAAGAUCUGCAGUGAGAGUGUUGAGGGAGCGGUGAAGCUGCCUGCCUCAGGGGAGAUGCAGACCUGUCCUCCAUGUAACCCCGGCUUCUUUGUCACCAACUCCUCCACGUGUGAACCCUGCGCCAGCGGUUUCUACUCCAAUGGAACAGCGUGUGCCGAGUGCCCCGUUGGCACUGAGCCAGUGGUGGGCUUUGAGUACAAGUGGUGGAACAAGAUGCCAAGCAACAUGAAGAGCUCGGCCUUCCGUCGAGAGUACAGUGACACCGACCAAAGCACAGCCUGGGAGGUGGCCGGGGAGUACAUCUACACCAUCCCUGCUGAUCAGGACUCAGAUUACAUGAUACUGUCACUCAAUGUCCCUGGAUACAGGCUGCCUCAGUCCAUGGCCAAAGACAGUGAGAGGAGUGAACUAUCCCGGAUCACGUUUGUGUUUGAGACCAUAUGUACAGCUGACUGCACACUUUACUUCAUGGUGGGUUAUAAUCAGUGGAAUAACGAUGUGGUGGAGCAGUGGCGCGGCAGCAGCAGCAAACAGUCCUACUCCUACCUGAUCCAGAGCAACAGCACCGUCAGCUUCACCUGGACCUUUCAGCGCACGCAGGGAUAUACUGUGGAGAGAAAGUACAGCGCUGAUGUUGCCAAGAUCUACUCCAUCCAUAUCACCAAUGUGAUCGACGGCGUGGCCUCCCACUGUCGCCACUGCGCUCUGGGCCUCGGCUACGGCAAGACCAGCUCUGCCUGCGUUCCCUGUCCGCCCGGGCACUACAUGCUCAACGGCACAGGAGUGUGUAAGAGCUGCCCGCCAAACACCUUCAUCAGGGCUGAGCAGCCUGUGGGAGAGGAGGCUUGUAUCCGGUGUGGACCAAAUACAAAGAGAAACAAGGCAAGAACUCUUGCCCUCAGCGACUGCACGCUGGAUGUGCAGAGCAGCGAGGGAGCGCCGCCUGCAUACGACUUCUCUCCUCUGGCCAAUGUCACCGGCUUCCAGAGCAGCCCCCGCUUCACCAGCAAAGGCCUGCGCUACUUCCACCACUUUAAUGUGGCUCUGUGUGGGAAAGAGGGCAGAGAGCUGGCCGCCUGCGUGGACAACGUGACAGAGAGCGGACGGGAGGUCAGAGGUUACGUCUGUCAGUCCACGGUGGUUCCCUCUGACAUCCGGGGCCAGAGCGUUGUGUCCUCCCAGCCCGCUGUUAUUGGUGACACCCUCAUCGGUGUAACCACUAAAACAACCCUGAGUGACAUCUCCUCCCUGGAACAAUCAUUCCCUGCUGCGUCCAGCCUGCCAGACGUCAUCUUCUAUUACAGGUCUAGUGAGACAACUCAGGCGUGUAAACAUGGCAGGUCAACCACCAUCAGGCUGAGAUGCGAUCCCACAGUGACAGCCAAAGACCACAUCACGCUGCCAAGUAACUGCUCAGAGGGGACAUGUGAUGGAUGCUCUUUCCACUUCCUGUGGCAAAGCCGGCACGCGUGUCCGCUCUGCACAAAACACCACUACAGAGAGAUUGUCAGCGCAUGCAUUCAGGGAAUACAGGUAAACACCUAUGUGUGGCAGCAGCCCCUGCAGUGCUACGGCGGCGAGGCCUUACCGCCACAAAGAGUCAGCGCUUGUGUAACUCUGGAUUUCUGGCUCAAGUUUGGCGUUUCCACGGGAACGAUUGCCGCUGUGCUGCUCAUCAGUAUCAGCUGCUAUUUCUGGAAGAAGACACGCAAGCUGCAGUAUAAAUACUCCAAGCUGGCGAUGAACUCCAGCGGGAAGGAGUGCGAGCUCCCCGCUGCAGACAGCUGCGCCAUCAUGGAGGGAGAGGACGCAGAGGACGACCUCAUCUACCUCACCAAGAAAUCCUUCUUCAACAAAAUCCACAAGUCUUUCUCAAGAGAGAGGACGUCGGAUGGAUUUGACUCGGUCCCCCUCAAGUCUUCAUCCUCAGGCCUGCCCAGAGAGGAAGACGACUCCGAUGGCCCUUAAAUCAGAGGAUGAACGGAUCCUUCUACCACAGCUUUCUACCACGGCGCAGAGGAAGUGUUACAUGAAUGCAAAUCAGAAAAAAAAACACACUUUGGGUUUUGAAUAUUAAAGAUUUUUUGGUGAAUGCAUUUUAUUUAUUACAGGUUAAUUACAAAUGAUACAGCGCCAAUGGGAUAUUUUUAGAAUAGUGUCAAAACAGAAUUUUUGUUUGGCAUCAUUUGUCAUAAUGUUAC